AUGCCUUAUUUGACCAAACCUCUGAUUUUACUUUUAUGUCUGGUUAUUACCGGUGAAUGCCGUAAGCACGGCCACCGGGUGCGAAGAUGGACUGGCACCGUGGAGACCCAAAAGCAUGGAACCUCCUUGCCAAAGAAGCCUCCAGAUGUUACGAAGUCUCGCAAAACAAAGACAGAGCAUCUGCUCAAAGUGGAUGAUCAUGACUUCACCAUGAGGCCAGCAUUCGGAGGGCCUGCUAUCCCUGUUGGAGUGGACGUUCAGGUGGAAAGUUUGGACAGCAUCUCUGAGGUUGAUAUGGACUUCACCAUGACUCUGUACCUGAGGCACUACUGGAAGGAUGAGCGCCUGUCCUUCACCAGCAGCACCAACAAAAGCAUGACGUUUGAUGGUCGUCUGGUGAAGAAGAUCUGGGUGCCUGAUGUCUUCUUUGUUCACUCUAAGAGGUCCUUCAUCCACGACACCACUACUGAUAACAUCAUGCUGCGUGUCUUUCCUGAUGGACAUGUCCUCUACAGCUUAAGAGUGACGGUGACAGCCGCCUGCAACAUGGACUUCAGCCGCUUCCCUCUGGAUUCUCAGACCUGCUCACUGGAGUUGGAGAGUUAUGCCUACACAGAUGAAGACCUGAUGCUGUACUGGAAGAGCGGCGAUGAGUCUCUCAGCACCGAUGAUCGUAUCUCUUUAUCGCAGUUCCUCAUCCAGAAGUUCCACACCACAUCUCGCUUGGCCUUCUACAGCAGCACAGGCUGGUACAAUCGUCUCUACAUCAACUUCACAUUGAGGCGCCACAUCUUCUUCUUCCUACUCCAGACAUACUUUCCCGCCACGCUCAUGGUGAUGCUUUCAUGGGUGUCGUUCUGGAUCGACCGCCGAGCUGUGCCGGCCAGAGUAUCCCUGGGCAUCACCACAGUGCUGACCAUGUCCACCAUCAUCACUGGAGUCAACGCGUCCAUGCCCCGUGUGUCCUACAUCAAGGCAGUGGACAUUUACCUAUGGGUCAGCUUCGUCUUUGUCUUCUUGUCUGUGUUGGAGUACGCCGCAGUCAAUUACCUGUCCACCGUCCAGGACCGCCGCGAGCGCAAGAUGAGAGAGCGGGCACGAUCUCAGUCACUGCCCUGCACUUGCGGGAUCUCCCAGACCCGAACCAUGACCAUGCUGGAUGGUACCUACAGCGAGGCUGACACCAAUAGCCUGGCUGGCUACACUGAGGAGCCGAUGGUGCCAGAGGAGGAGCAGGAAGAGCUGCACGAGGUUCCAGAGAAACCUGAACACAUGGUGGUCCAUCUGUCAGUGAGCAGCGAGUCCACGACCACCAAGAAAAAGAAGAGCCUGCGGGCCCUCAACAUCAUCCAGAACACACACGCCAUUGACAAAUACUCCCGGAUGAUUUUCCCUGGUUCGUACAUUUUCUUCAACCUGAUCUACUGGUCCGUCUACUGCUGA